GUUGCUUCAGAACGCUCCAUUUUGGUUGCAUCUCGGCGUGGCACCCGGCGCUCGAUUCGACCCUUCGCGAUGCCUAUCGACUGCCCCGGCGACGAAAAAGGGGCCGUGCCAGCACCCCUUUUUCGGAAGACAAGCGGUAGAAAUGCGUCAUAUUGCCUUUUUCUUUGGUCGGCGGCGAUGGCAUCCAUGACACCCUUACCACGCGCGCUCUCAUUGCCUCUUGUCGCAGCGGUCGCUGGCGCGUGGUACUAUGCGCAUCCGCCGAGCGUGCAGUGGGCCGCCGUCUUUGCGGCCGCGGGCUUCUCGUGCAUCGAGUUCUCAUGGUAUGCGACAACGACUGAGGCGCCCAACGGCGACCUUUCGUUCACGCCGUUCGCGUCGACUUGCCGCCCGGGGCACACGACGUGGGCCCAGUUCUGGGCCAACGUACUGUACACGCCGCUGCUCCUUUUCACAUACCGCACAUGGCUGCCGUCGGCCGUUCUGCGCGUCGUCCUCUUCCCGCUCAACAUUUGGCUCCUCGAAAUCAUCGAGGGCUACGGGCUCAUGCUCCUCUUUGGCCGCAACAUUGCGUGGACGUACAACACGCGCGAUGCGUACUUCCACAACAACAUUCGCACGGGGUUUGCGCCGCUCUGGUUCCUGCUCGGUCUCGCGCUCGAGGUUAUUGGCUACACGCUCGUCGAUGGGCUUGGCGAGGCGGCGGCGCAAGCGUUGCCCAUCGAGGUCGCGGUCGCGGGCGCCGGUCUCCUCCAUGCGACGCGGUACUACCACGGCUAAGAUCCCUGCGUCCCACGCCGCUAGUCAGAGCGUCGUGAUCGAAUAAGAUGACUACACGGAUGUCGAACUACUAAUAACGCCGAGUAUAAUCGUUCGGGUGGUCCUCAGAUGUCAA